CUCUGUUGUUGCACGUGUGCUGCAAAGCAAACGACUGCAACAUUAGCAUCGUCAGUCUGAUAUUGUGUAAUCAAACUUUUCAGUACAACCAUGUGUCGUAUCACUCGUAUCGGGAUAUUAAUGACUGGCUGCGUGAAAACUCAUGAAAAUGAAGAAAGACCGAGCAGUGUCAGUGUAGUCCUGUGCUUUCUCCGCAUUCCAGUGUGCAGCGUCUCAGCAGAUGCCAUGAAUGAAGCAUGUUCUAUCUAAUCCAUGACAGACUCUCCAGGUGUACUGAUACGGUGUAUGGGAUGAGCUCGGGAAAUAGCUGCGACAGUCUCAGCGACUCACCUAUAAGCCCGAUAAGAGUGGUGGGACCAACAACACCCAGAAGAGGACCACCUAAAUUCAAACAGAGAAUGACAAGGCAAUUCAAAAGCAAACCUCCCAAGAAGGGAGUCAAAGGAUGUGGAGAUGAGAUCCCAGGAAUGGAUGGUCUUGGGACUGACAUCACCGUGGUGUGUCCGUGGGAAGCCUUUAGCCAUCUGGAGUUGCACGAGCUCGCCCAGUAUGGUAUUAUUUGAACUGGACGACAGGAAGAUGUGUCACCUGGACUUGUUUAGUGGACUAGACUAGUUCCACCUCUGGAUCCCAAAUGAGGGAUGCUGCAAAUGGACACUUGCACCAUUGCCUUGAAACAGUUGUAUAAACGCCAACCCACCAGCCUAUGAAUGCACAAUACAUAAUGUAGUGACUAGGAGGAAUUAGGUUUAUGAAGGUUUAUAGCAGGGGUGCCCAAACUCAGUCCUGGAGGGCCAGUGUCCUGCAGAGUUUAGCUCCAACCCCAAUUAAACACAGCUGAACCAGCUAAUCAAACUCUUACUAGACAUACUAAAAACUUAACGGCAGGUGUGUUGAAGCAAAUUGGAUCUAAACUCUGCAGGACACUGGCCCUCCAGGACCGAGUUUGGGCACCCCAAGGAUGAUAUAAAGUUGUGGAAUGUGGAGCAAUGUGGAAUUUGAUUCCAGUCUGUUUGUGUUCUUUUCUACAGCACAUAACCAAAAUACUUAUUUUCAAUAUCUAUGAACUUUUUAUUUGUGCCAAUUCUAUACUUUGACUCUUUUUAGUACAUGUUUUCUGAGAGGAGAGGCCUUAUUAGCUGUGUAAAUCACUUUCACACAUCUGUUGUAUGAUGUCUUAGAAUUUCUUCUGCUGUUAGCAAAUGUGGCUUAAA